GUGAUAAUAUAAGGUAACCCCUACCUACGUCUUCAAAACAAACGACUACAGUGGACAGGCAAGACGCAACAUUGAGUACAGAGACACUGCAAUCAUGAAUCUGUGUGUGAGACUCCUGUUGGUUUUUCUGCCUGGGGCCCUAGGCUACACAACCUGUAAGGAGAUCUACAUGGACGAGAACGUCAACUUCCGCAUCAGAAAUGUCCACUGUGAAAACAACUGCUGCGGGGCGGAUAACAACGGGUGUUGUAAAGCGGUUAAAAAGUAUGUAUCUACUAUCGACACCUGGGUGAUAGUCGCGGCUGUGGCUGGAUCAGUAGCUGGCAUCACCCUCGUCUUAAUCCUCAUCAGAGUUGUGAUCUGGAUAAUCACACGAACCACGCCCGUGCAUCCUGGUCAGAUUAUCCGCCAAGGAACCCUGCCUCCGCCGCCAACACAACCACCACCACCACAACCACCACCGUACACUGCUUCAUCUGCGCCCCCAGUCUACCCGCUACCUCCAGUUAUCCCGGGGGGGAGGUCGGUCUGCCAGACGGAAGCUAGUCGACCUCUCUAUCCAUACCCAUCACCCCCAGCGACUGUGUGCGACCAAUCUCCUCCCUAUAUCCAAGAAUACACGGGACCUAACUCUUCCACAACGAUAGAAACCCAAUAAAGCGUUGUAAAAUAGUAUCUUGAUGUCAUCAGCGAUAACUCCUGCAGUACUAAUUGAGGUUAAUUAGCAAGGGUUAAUUAGUGUUUAUUUAUAGCACGACUCUCGUGCUGUACGUUCUACGUUCGAACCCACGUGAUGAAUACAUUUCGUGUAAAUAUUUUACAUUUCUGUUUGUUUGAAAAACUAAAAGAACAUUGUUUUGUAUUAAGUUCAUGAAUGUAUAAUUUGGUAUGUAAUACUUUAUUAUCCCCGUUUUAUAAUGAUGUAAUCGGAAUGUAAUCAUUUGAAGUGUAUUUUGCGAUAUUACCUGUUGUUAAAAAGUGCCACAAAUGGCGAUAUAGUUAUGCAUGAAAUAAUUAUACAAGCACCGAGUCGAAACAUCAGCUAACAAACUAAAUAAACAAAGUUUUGAAUUGAG